AUGCUUGAGUACCUUGUUUCCGAGAAGGACAUCAAGAUGUUGAAGAGAAUGAGCAUUCGGCAGAAGCUCAUCCAGUUUGUAAAUGCAGCGUAUUCCGUGAUGGGGACCUACAUGAUAUGGAAGAUGUUUUCUGUUCUUCUGAACAACGAUAGCCCGAUAGUUGUUGUGCUGAGUGAAAGCAUGUCCCCGGGGUUUGAGAGGGGAGACAUACUGUGGCUUGCCAACAAAGACUUCAGUGUUGGAGACAUGACUGUCUUCAAGUUUGGCAGGGAGAUCCCGUGUGUACACAGAUGCAUCAAGCAGUUUGGUGGGAGAUAUCUUACAAAGGGAGAUAACAACCUUAAUGAUGAUGUCUCUCUCUAUCCGAGAGGAAGGAACUAUCUGACCAGAGACGAGAUCAAGUCGAUCGUUGUUGGAUAUGUUCCCUACUUCGGGCUGAUAAAUCUCUGGAUCAACACCAUUCCCGGGAUGAAGUUUGUAAUACUAGCUGGGGUGGGUCUGUCUGUCCUGUUCACCCGAGAAGAGUAG